GCUAGGCCUCGCUGCUCCAGUGCGGCCUUCAGGUCGGUCACCCGCAGAGCCUGAAGAGGCUUCCCGUCCAGAGUCACCUCCUCCAGCUCCGCCAUCUUGCGUGAGGUACUCGGGUCCGUCCCGACGGCUUCGGGCAUCUUCGGAUGCCACUGGAAUCAUCGUCUUCAUCAAUGCCACCGUCCAUCCCUUCUGUGUUGCCUUCAGUGCCACAUGAUAUUGCCAGCUCUUCCCCUCCUCCAAUGUCUUACAUCACUUCCCAGGAGAUGAAGUGUAUUCUUCACUGGUUUGCCAGUUGGUCGGGUCCCCAGCGGGAACGUUUUCUACAAGACCUGGUAGCUAAGGCAGUGCCUGGAAAGCUACAGCCACUGCUGGAUGGUCUGGAGCAGCUCAGUGUAUCUGGGGCAAACCGACCACCCUGUAUCUUCGAGUGUCAGCUACGUCUUUGGGAUCAGUGGUUUCGAGGUUGGGCUGAGCAGGAGCGCAAUGAAUUUGUCAGACAGCUGGAGGUCAGUGAGCCAGAUUUUGUGGCAAAGUUUUACCAAGCAGUGGCCGCCACUGCUGGUAAAGACUGAUAGGCCUUCAGAUCAAGAAUAUAACUACAUGUGAUCAAGCCAAAGACCUUGACUGUAGUGAAGAUUCCGUGCAAGAGUGUCACUUAAAGAUUUGCCUGAACUGCAGGGGUAGUGGUGCACCUUUUCCCCCAGCACCAAGAACAGAGGCAACCUGGUCUACAUAUUAAGUUCUGGGCCAGACAGUGCUACAGAGUAUGACCCUGCCCUAAAAGAAUUGCUUGAACUUGAUGAGUGCCAGCACUAUUCUUAACCUUGCAAUAUGUUACCUGGACUCUGUAAACGUGAUCCAUUUAAACAAAUCUGAUUUUGUCACACACCUGCUUUAUUUACAGGAGAUGUGUAGCAGCAUGUUGUCUUGCCAGUGAAUUUGUGUUAGUGGCCAUACCCCUUUGGGCUUGGCUUCAGGUGCAGACUUGACCAGAAGGUAGAAAAGUGCGGGAUGGGCUUCUCUUUCUCUUGGGUGGCAGAUCACAUCAAAAGGGCAGAGACAGAAUCUUCUGGAGCAGGAACGUCUCUACAGUUCUUUACUAUUAUCUGUGUAAGUUGUUCCCCAAUAAAACACCCAUUUAUCAUUUA